GCACAAGACUUCUGGGCUCCCUGGUGGGCGGUAGCUGAGCUGAAAGCUUUAUCACAGACCUUAUAUCUCUGAAAGGGGUAAUCUCCAGAUGUCUGUUGAGUGUGAAGCCUGUGACAUGUAAGCUAAAGAAAUAGACGACGUUUCUUGGUUGCUGUUCUGGUGCUGGGAGGACCUGGUGCCAAGCUUUAGCUGUUGCAUCCAACACAGUGGAAUGUGGAUUUUGACUCUGCUGCAUUUUCCUAAGAAGUUUGCAUUCCAGGAAAGCAGUAUCACCAGAUCUGAGAAAGAGGUGACUGCACAUUGACGAAGAAGACAGCUGACUCCUUGCAUCAAAUGCUCCUGGCCAGCCCUUCCACUGAGAAUUCACCUCAGCCUUAAGGAAACGCAUUUUGGCUCUGCCUAUACUAUUAAGCCUAAACCUCCACAGACUGGAAAUUUUGCUGUUUCAUUGUCAUCAGCAAAUAACUGUGGUAUCUCUUUGCUUUACCAAACUGGAAAAUGGAAAUGAAGAGCAAUACAACAAAGUUGUUCCUGUGGCUGUUGAUGUUCUUCUCUGAUACUGUGCCAUUCAGCUAUGAGAACCCAGUGAGAGAACGAGCUAUUGAGCUGAUGCAAAAAACACGUUUAAUUGAUGGCCACAACGACUUUGUACUGAGGCUGAGAAUGUUGUACCAAAAUAGACUCAGUGGAGUCAACUUAAGAGAACUCAACAGGACUCACACAAACCUUGCAAAACUUCAGGCUGGUUAUGUGGGAGCUCAGUUUUGGUCAGUGUAUGUUCUUUGCAGCGCUCAAAACAAAGAUGCUGUGCGUCUGACCUUAGAGCAAAUUGAUAUUGUCAAGAGGAUGUGUAACAGCUAUGAAGAGCUUGAAUUUGUGACAACUUCCCAAGGUAUCUCUGACAGUAGAAGGAUCGCAUGUUUGAUUGGAAUAGAAGGCGGUCACUCCAUUGACAGUAGUCUGGCAGCACUGAGGAUGUAUUAUGAACUGGGUGUUCGUUACAUGACGUUAACACAUUCCUGCAAUACACCCUGGUCUGAAUCAUCAUCUAAAGGAAGGCACAAUUUUUAUCCUAAUGUUACUGGACUGACUAAAUUCGGCAAAGAAGUGGUAAAGGAGAUGAAUCGGCUGGGCAUGAUGAUAGAUUUAUCUCAUACUUCAGAUUCCACAGCAAGAGAUGCACUGAAUACGUCAAAAGCACCAGUAAUUUUCAGCCAUUCCUCAGCAUUUUCUAUCUGUAAUCACUCAAGAAAUGUUCCUGAUGAUAUCCUCUGGCAACUGAAAAAGAACAAGGGAAUUAUCAUGGUGACUUUCAGUGCAGAUAUACUGGCUUGUGGCAGAGAAGUUGUUAAUGUUUCUACUCUUGCAGAUCAUUUUGACUACAUAAAGAAAACUGCAGGUUCAGAAUUGAUAGGAAUUGGUGGUGACUACGAUGGAGUGGAACGUUUCCCUGAGGGAUUGGAAGAUGUUUCUAAAUACCCUUCUUUGAUUGAGGAACUUCUAAGAAGAGGAUGGAGUGAAACUGAACUGAAAGGGGUCUUAAGGGAGAACUUCCUCCGUGUCUUCAGGGAAGUGGAAAAUGUGCGGAACAUUAAUGGACCAACAGGUGUAGGUGAAAGUGAAAUUCCGCAAGAAGAAGUACAAAAUUCCUGUCGCCUAGACCUACGUAAUCCUCAGCUGCAGACAGCCAGCUCCUUUGGAUUUCCUUCUGUGGCACGACCUUUUAGUCCAACACUUGUAAUUCUAUCAUAUUUAGUACUGUAUUAUGAAUCAUAAGACCUAUGGAGUAAUCUGCACUGCAGCUACACUUUUUGAGGGGGGGGGGUGUUAAAGCUAUGCAAAAUAUUUUUAAUAACUUCUAUAAAUUCACCUGCAUACUUGAAAGUUAAUGUAGGUUUCAAAUGUUGUAGCAAAAGCAUUUAGAAUUUGAAGAGAUAAAUUCUCUGUCAUUUGGCUAAAUCAGGAUCAACAUUGUUAAUGGAAAGUAUUCACAUCUAAUGAAUAAAUUAUCUAAUACAUGAGAUAUGGUUUUGGUACCCAUAUUGUGGCAAUUGGUAUAAAUCCUGGAGUCCAGAAUCAGCAGUUCCAUACAGGAACUAGAGAAUAUGAUUAAGACAGCUGUACUGAGAUGUUUUCAGAUAUUGCUUCUUGUUAAAUCAUACAACUUUCAUCAUCAGUCAGUGGCUUAGUCAGAGAAGAUGACCCCCCUCGUAUAUGCAGAAGAGUGGAUUUUUUCUUUUGCUUUUUUUUUUAAGAUGGCAAGAGGGAUGACAUGGCUAUUUCAGUUUGGAUUUCAUGCCUACCACUAGCUUUAGGCAUCCUCCUGCAGUACUAAACGCUUAUUUUUGAACCCUGACCAGGACAGUGGGCAACUGGAGAGUUACUGAAUGGUGGGGGUAGGUGUCUGGCAUUCAGGUAUGGACCAGGCAACGUUGUAGAUACUUUUCUGUAAUUUGGGGACUGCUGUUUGCUGCGUGUUCAUGAAGCUGGGAGAAACAAUAAGCCAGGACAAAGCAGGAAUUCUGGCUGCUCAGAGGGUGAGAUCUUGUUCUGAUAUUUUUAUUGCAGUUUGGAACAGUAUAAAAUGAGUAUUUAAAUUAAAAAAAUUGUUGGAACAUUCCACAGCUUUGUGGAAAUAUUUUUCAUGCUUAAACAAUGAUCCUUAUCAAUAACAAGUUUUGUUAUGUUAUUUUUAUUCUAGCUGGCUAAAAUCAGACCAUUGUCAAAGGAUUUAUAGGCACAAGACUAUAAAGGAAUCUUUUGAUUAUAAAUCUUCUACUCUUUCAGCCUUUGGAACAUGUUUUCAAAUACCAAGAUAUGUGAGGUUAGAAGCUACUGCUACACAGAAGAGCAUAUAUCGCGAUAGGCCUGUUCUUGGUAGGCUAAUGUGGCUCAAACCUGGAAUUUUUAUCAAAUAUCCUGAGAUUCAUAAGAAAUUGUAAGAUGACAGCACUACAUCUUUGUAGGGUCAUUUCCCAGUGCUUGCUGCUAAAUGCCUUCCCAUGAUACUUGCUGUUAAGUGUGGUUUUUAUCUCAUGAUAUGUGCUUUUAUUUACUGAUAUGGCAUUUACAGAAUUUAGCCUUAGUAUAGAAUAAAAUAAGAGUCCUGUAAUUGAUCUGAGACCAGCAUUGGUAAACACACAAAGUAUUUAACAACUGAAAGACAAGGGUAGGCAUGAACAGCAUAGAAACAGCAAGUCAGUUGUUUUCUAGAGUCACCUGAGACUGUUCCUGCCAUCCAUUUCCGCAUCCCAUGUACAGGUAGGGUUUCUGGAAGAAGACUGUUCUUUUAGUGCUUCAAAAUGAAGCUUCAUUAAUUCUCCUGAUAAGGUCAUCUCUUUGAUAAGUAUAUUCUGAAUGUACUACUGCCACUUACUGAAUUCUUUACAAAUCAUGUUGAAUAAUCUAGUUGCAUACAAGCCAAGUUUUUAAGAACAGUUUCUCAAUAAAUACUGAUCCUGGUUAUGCAUCUACAAUGGGUAGUUUCUGCACUGACUCAGAAGUUUUGCCUUCCCGAUACUGCUUGACUAGCAUUAGAACUUUUUUUAAUAAUAAAAUGACUAAUUAAAUAGGCAAAUAUUUACUUCCCAUCAGUACUUCUACUAAUAGCUUCACAAACGAUUGGAAAACUGCCAUCCAUGGCCUCUUUUCACAGAAUUAGUAAUGUGAUAGUAACUUCAUUUCAUAUUUGAAAUGUCAGAUGGUUCCUUAUUCCUUCCAGCCUUUUUCUUUCUACUGUGUUGUCCGUUUUCUGCCUGUUAAUUUCUACAUUUUUUUCCAUACUACAGCAUGGAUUAAAAAUAUAUCUCUUUUCUUUAAGACAUGGACAAUACUUUUAUAUUACUGUUUCCACCAUAGAUAUUUGUAGUUUAUAUCCUUGUUUCAUCUAUAGUGUAUUGCACUUACUUGUUUGACUGCUUUGUGUGAUGAAUUUGUAAUUUGUAAUUUGUAACCUUGUGGCAAAACAUAUACAUGAAAUUUAAAUAAAAUAUUGUUUAAAAUUA